AUGGAGCAGUCAGAGUUGAUGGUGACGGUGGUAUUUUUCCUUAAUGGGGAUUGUCUAAAUUUCUUGAGCCCUAUUUUUUACCUUUUACCUUUUAUUUGGAGGACGAACCUGCCAGAUUUUGUCUUGUUUCUUAUCUUCAGUUACUUGUUACUUUAUGUGCCUACCAAUAUUAUAAUUUCUUACGAUUCUACACCUAACCAAAAAAAGAAAUUCAAAACGGAGAAGAUGGUGGAUGACGUCUAUACACCGCAACAGGACGAUACAAACUAUGGACAAACAAAUUACAGAACUACUUUCUGA